CAGCAACAGCAGACAUCGUCAAAUAGCCACCAUCCCAUCUCCUCGUCGCGCAAUCUAAACGUCACCGUUUCGCGUCGUCAGCCGCCAGACCGCUCUCUCGGUCGGCCCCCGCAACAUCCGUCCGCCCUUGAUCGCUUCAUCUCCUGUGAUCCCGAUGCAGUCGUCGCCAGUGCUGGACGACGACCCGGGCAGCCAUGGCCGACUUCGAUGAGGCGUCGACCUCCCCGGUCGGCGAGGAGCGGCUCUGGAGCGAGCUCAACGAAUGCGUGUCGACCGAGUGCGACAGCACGUACGAGACCAUCGACAAUGCCCUCCGGACAUGGCUGGACGUCACAUCCAGGUUUCGCGAUCGUGACAGCGACUCGCAAGAUGACGUGCUCGUCUGCGCCCACUCCCUGUUGGAGAGCCCGCUCUUCAAGCAAAACAACGACUACGUCCGCACACAGAUCAUCCACAGUCUUCUGCAGGAGGACGAGCCCGCGCCCCUGCACGCCAUUGCUUCCCUACUGUUCCUCGACGGGCGACUUGACGAAUCUACCUUUCCCCGAAUGAUCUCCGAAGACUGCUUCCCGCGACUUUUGGAGCUCAUAAUAUCCGGGCAGGAUGACAAGGACCCUCGUCUCCACCGCCUCUUGUUGCAGCUCAUGUACGAAAUGUCUCGCGUCGAGCGCCUCAAGCUGGACGACCUGAUGCUCGUUGACGACGCCUUUAUUCACUAUCUAUUUCGCAUAAUCGAGGGCGUGUCCGACGAUGUCCAAGAUCCAUAUCAUUAUCCAACCAUUCGAGUCCUGCUUGUCCUUAACGAGCAAUAUAUGCUGGCGUCCACGGACGCCGUCACCGACCCGACGGGUGCGCAGGUGCCCCUCACGAACCGUAUCGUCAAGUGCUUAAGCCUACACGGCCCGCAGUUUCGCACAUUUGGAGAGAAUAUUAUUCUCCUCCUAAACCGCGAGACGGAGACUUCGUUGCAGCUGCUAAUUUUGAAACUCCUCUACCUCCUUUUCACGACCAAGGCCACUUAUGAAUACUUCUACACGAACGACCUGCGCGUCCUUCUAGACGUGAUCAUUCGGAACCUCAUGGAUUUGCCGGACGAGAAGAUCUCUCUCAGACACACGUAUCUUCGCGUCAUGUAUCCCCUCCUCGCGCACACACAACUCAACCAACCACCACACUACAAGAGCGAGGAGAUUGUGCGUGUGCUGAAGAUUCUGCGGGGGUCGCAGAACGCGCAUUUUGCGCCUACCGACGAAACGACGCUGCGUCUAGUCGACAGAGUCACAAAGGUAAAGUGGCUCGAGGAGUCGAUGGAGGAACGGGCGACACCACCACAGAGCGAGGAGACUCCCAAGUAUCUCGGCAUUAGCUUGUCACCAUCGCAGUACGCCAGUAGCGUCAGCGUUGGCGAUGUCGCCGGUGUGAGGGAGCGGCCAGGCGUACAGACACCGAGUCGGCACGCCCUGGGAACGGGUCCUGGCGCUGCGACGGAAGCGCGCUCCCAUGAGGAUAUCAUCAAGGCGGUCAAAACAAAGAAGCCUCUUCCCGCAGUGCCGAAACAUAAACACGGAACGCCCUUUGUGCAAAUACCGCAAAUCCAAGUCAACGGCAGCGGCAAGAAGAUACCGCCGAAAGCGCCGCCGCCGCGCCGUGCCGGCAGGCUAAAAUCGACGUCAGAACCGCCACCGGCCGAGCCUACUAUACCAGAAUGACACGGUUACGACACGAAUUGUAGUUCGUUUUGCGGCUUACUAUGGCUGGUUCGAUGAGGAGACUUUGGGCUUCCUUGAGCAUUGAGUAGACAGUCUGACGGGUCUUUCGUGUCAUUUACACUGGUGCAUAAGGUAGCUUGCCGAAUGAAGGCAUGGGAAGAGCGGUAACAUGUACAGAGCGGCUGUUGCAGGGCAUUUGCAAGUUUGGCGCUAUGGAGUUUGGGGCAUGAGGUGGAAGUCAUAUACUGCAACGACAGUCUCAUCGGUAUUCUUGCAAUGCAAUUGGAAAGCCAUAACCUUGACAUGAAGAUUUGGAUCACGAUAUUGAAUUGGAUAGGCUCUGCUCGAUGCUCGCCGAUAAGUCGAUAUAGUUGCCCCGGAG